AGACAAGUCAAGUCGGUCGGUAUCUCAGUUCACCCAAAGCAGUGCCCCGCAGUGAUACCGAUUCGAGGAGAGUUUUCUUGUGAUUGUGCUAUGUUGUGGUGUCCGCUGACAGCAGCUUAAUGUCACCAGCAUUUCUCGUUUUGCUUUUUGUGUCGGCGGCUUGGGCAGAGAGACAUGGCCUUCCGCCGAGUACAAUUUCUAUGUACAAAGACAGUCAUCGUGAGAGGAGAAGUCCAGUGACAAUUGACUCCAGACAAAAUGAUUACCUGUCAUCGUAUGGGUCCCUUGACCAACACUUAUCAGGCCUUCGCUCCAAAAGGGACAUUCGACCCGAAAAUUCGACCAUUGCCACGAAGAUAAGCCUACUCAAUGACUCCCAUUCUCUCCUUAUGGUACAUUGGGCAGGAGAAGGUUCUGAUGUUGUGCUUUGUCUUGCAAGAGAUCCAAUUCAACGUGCCCUAGUGAUCCCCAAACCUUCAGCGCUCUUUAUAUCAUACGACUAUGGAGACACUUUUCAAAACAAAACUGACCUGUUGAAACUGAAUGACGGUGGCUAUGCUAUUGUCGAGAAGUUUUACAACCAUCAUCGACUUAGUGCUCAUGUUGUGCUUACAGAUGUCACUAACAAAGUAAUUUUUAAAACCAAAGACAGUGGCCAAACCAUGGAACAAACAAAAGUUGAUUUUCAUCCCUCAGAUGUACUAUUUCAUGAUGACGAUCCAUUUACAUUUUUAGUUUAUGACAAGGUUGACCCUAUGAAAAAGCUCUGGUUGACUAAAGAUUUUGGCCAAUCAUGGACUCUUGUACAAGAAUCUGUCAAGUCUUUCUACUGGACCAUAGGCACACUAUCUGUAAAUGAUGAUUCAGAUGAUGAUUCUAUUGGAGAUUUUGAUGCCAAAGACAGCUCAUCUAACAAUGUUCCAACUCUUUAUGUGGAAAGACAAGAGCCUAGUGGUUUAUCUACUGUGCUUGGUUCAACCAACCUUUUCAAGAGUUUCACAAUUAUUGCAAGAGAUGUCAAAGAUUUUCAUGUGAAAGGCGACUUUAUGUUUUGCACUCGUGAAGUGAGACAGGCUGAGAAAACUGACCAUGAACUACUUGUGUCAUUCAAACGUGGCCCUUUUGUGAAAGCAGAAUUUCAGACUGACCAACCAACUUUGAAAUACCACAUAGCUGAUGUGAGUGGCGAGCAAGCAAUGAUUGUGGUUGUGCAUGAUCCCCAUCUAGCUAAUCUUUAUGUCUCUGUUGAUGUAACUCGAGAAUCAGUUAAAUUUGCUCUUUCUCUUGAGAACAUCUUUUGUUACAUGCCCAAUGUCACCUGGCAAGGUUCAUGGCUUGUCGAUGUUGCAGAAGAACCUUUUGCUACUCUGACUCGAGUUGAAGGUCUCAGAGGAAUUUACAUAGCUUCUGUUGUAACUUCUAAAGCCAAAUCUAGUGGUCACAUUGGUCUGGAGAAUUUGUCAACCAUGAUAACAUUUGAUCGGGGUGGAGAGUGGAAAUUAUUAAAUGCCCCUCAAUACGAUGAUGAAGGAAAUCCCAUUGACUGCAAACUUAAGGAUGGAUGUUCGCUUCAUUUAGCUCAGAGCUUUGCCCAUCUUCACCCUCAGACGAGAUAUGUUCCUAUUCUUACUUCCAAAUCUGCUCCUGGUAUCAUUCUUGCCACAGGCAUGGUUGGCAAAUCUUUAAAAGGUCAUCCUGGUGUGUUUUUAAGUGCUGAUGCUGGAGUUACAUGGCGACAGGUUUUGAAAGAUCUCUAUUUCUUCAAUUUUGGUGAUUAUGGGGGUGUUAUUGUUGCUGUUAAAUACUAUAAAUCUCAAGGAGAAACACGACAAAUUUUGUACUCCACUGAUGAGGGACAAACAUUUAAUGCUCACAACUUUUCCAAUAGUGACCUGAAAAUGUAUGGUCUUAUGACAGAGCCUGGUGGCAACACAACGGUGUUCACUAUGUUUGGCUCGGCUAAAUCAAAGCAUCAGUGGAUCAUUGUGAAAGUUGAUAUGAAGAAUUCAUUCAAAUACAAUUGCACAGAUGAUGACUACAAGUUUUGGUCCCCUGGAAGCGGUCCCUUAGGCAUUGGAAGUGAUGGGGUGCGUGUUCCAUGCCUGUUAGGUCGCACAGAAACCUACCAACGUCGUCUUCCUCACUCAAAUUGCUACAAUAGUCGUAAUUAUGUCAGACGCGUUAAAAUGGAGGUCUGUGGCUGUGAUGCAGAGGACUUUGAUUGUGAUUAUGGGUUUAAGAGGGACUUGGAUCACUCUGCAACUCGUUGUAUCCGUGAUCCCAGUCUUAAAAUAUCACCUUUUGCUCAACCUGCUUCAUGUAAACCUGGGGCAUUCUAUGAUCGCACCAAAGGUUACAAGAAAGUUCCCGGAGAUGUUUGUGUUGGUGGACAUGAAGACAGAUACUUGCCUGACCGGAUUGCGUGUCGAGUCACAGAAGAAAACGAUUUUCUACUUGCUGCUCAAAGAGACAGGAUUAUUAGAAUUGAUAUGGAAACAAAUAAGUUGGACCCUCUUCCCAUUUUAAAUCUGAAGAAUGUUAUUGCUAUUGAUUUUGACAUGCGAAAUAAUUGUGUCUACUGGGCAGAUAUUGUCUCUGACACCAUUGGGCGCCAAUGCAUGAAAAGUGGUGUAGACCUGCCAGAAACAAUUGUCAGCACAAACUUAAAGUCUGUGGAGGGCAUGGCUUUUGACUGGGUGUCAAAUUUGCUGUAUUUUGUUGAUGGUGCACGAGCUACAAUUGAAGCUGUAAGAACUGACAUCAGUCAUCAAGGGCGUAUGCGAAGAACAAUUCUCAGCUCUCCCAACUUAAAGAAACCAAGGGGAAUCGCCUUACAUCCAAAAGCAGGGUACAUGUUUUGGUCAGAUUGGAACCCUGAGAGACCUAGUGUGAACCGAGCUAAUUUGGAUGGUAGCAGCAUCAAGAGGUUAUUUGAAGGCACCAAAGUUGUGUGGCCCAAUGGUGUAACAAUUGAUUACAUUGCAGAAAGGCUGUACUGGGUUGAUGCUAGAGAAGAUUAUAUUGCUUCAUGCAAUCUUGAUGGAAACAAUGUUAUUAAAGUUAUUAGCAAGGAUGCAAGGGUAUCUCAUCCAUUUUCAGUCGCUGUGUUCAAAGACAACAUGUAUUGGGAUGAUUGGAAACAAAAUGCUAUCUUUAUGGCUGAUAAAGAUCAUGGAGUUGCUAUCCAAAAGAUAACUGACUCCAUGAUUGGCUUGAUGGAAAUCAAGGUCUACGCACACAGUCUUCAACAAGCCACAAAUGCUUGUGCCAACCAAACAUUGUGUUCUCACAUUUGUGUAGGAGCGCCUAAUGGGGCACAUACAUGCCUUUGUCCAGAUGAAAUGACCAUGAAUGAACAUGGUGCCUGUACCUGUCCUGGUGAUAAGCCACCAUUCAAAAAUGGAACUUGCCCUCAAGUUGCACAUACAUGUGGCCCAAAUUUCUUUGCUUGUCAUAAUAAUCAGGUGUGUGUACCCAGUAAAUGGCAAUGUGAUGGAAAUGACGAUUGUGGAGAUAUGUCUGACGAAUCUAAUUGCACACAACCAGUCUGUGGUCCAAAGAUGUUUAGAUGCAAUGAUGGAAAGUGUAUCUCUCCACACUGGCGGUGUGACAUGGACAAGGACUGUGAAGAUGGCAGUGAUGAAAUUUGCAAUCACGAAAAUUGUACUUCAUCUCAAUUCAAGUGCGGAACUGGUCAUUGUAUUGAUAUAAAAUGGGUUUGUGAUGGAGAAAAUGACUGUCAUGAUGGUUCAGAUGAAGCAGCUUGCAACCACACCCCACCCACAACUUGUCCCAUGAAUGAAUUUAAGUGUGCCAAUCGGUCACAAUGCAUUCCAGUCACUUGGAGGUGUGAUGGGGAAAAAGAUUGUCUUGAUGCCUCGGAUGAGAAAGACUGCCAGGACCAUCGCAAAUGUGCUGAAUGGCAGUUCAAUUGCACAAGUGGAAAAACCCCAUGUAUUUUUAAAGCAUGGCAAUGUGAUGGAAGUCCCGACUGUGAUGAUGGUAGUGAUGAAUUAAAUUGCAGUUCAUCCUCCCCAACUUCAUCUCCUGUUCCAUUUACUCCACCUAAAAAUGACACUUGUGCUAGUGAAUGGAUGAUUCGUUGUAAAAACAAUCAUUGCAUUCCAAGUUGGUGGAAAUGUGACAGAGUUGACGACUGUGGCGACAACAGUGAUGAAAUUGGGUGUGGUUACGAUGAAUCGGAGGAAGAAGAAACCUCUACCGACCUGAUUCCUAAAUCAACUUGUGAAGCAAACCACUUUCAGUGCUACUCAGGAGAAUGUAUACCGGAUGCAUGGGUUUGUGACAGCACUAUAGAAUGUUCUAAGGGUGAAGAUGAAUUGAACUGUGAUGCAAACACAAACUGUCAUGAACAUCACUUGUUCACAUGUCGAAUUGAUGGGUCAUGCCUCAGCUUUUCACAAGUUUGUGAUGGUAUACCUCAAUGCCCUGAUGGAUCUGAUGAGUCCUCUUGUAAUCCAGAAAAAGAUUUAGAACCCUCAGCACCUAGAUGCCCUUACGGAUUUUCUCCUUGCUUGGAUGGAACCUGUAUACCCAUUGCUGUCUUCUGUGAUGGCACAAUGAAUUGUAUGGAUGGUUAUGACGAACAUAAUUGCACCAAAAAUGGUACAAGGGUUUAUCAGGUGUCACAAAUGGGCUAUGAUGAACGGUUGCAAGAUCCACAUACCCUUCUGUUGUAUUGGUGGAUACCUGUACCAAAAGAUGUCCAGCUCGAGUACAUGCCAUCCAUUGCCCCAGUAGUACCAUCUGGUCGUCAGCAAUUACCAGUCUGGAAAAAUCAUACCCGUUGGAUUUCACAACCUGAUUUCAGGUUCUCCAACUUGACAGCUAAUACAAUGUACAAUAUGACUGUUUAUGUUCGUGUCAAUGGAACUGACAAAGCUUUCCCACCUGCAAAGUAUGUGCAAGCUUCAACCGGAGAAGACACACCCAGUGAACCAUGGAGAGUUCAAGCCAAACCCGUGAACUACAAUGAGGUUCAACUUACUUGGGAACCACCAAUUCACCCACAAGGUAAAAUUGUGGGCUAUAGAGUUUACAUGACUCCACCUCUUCCACCAAAAUCAAUAGAAACUAAGGAGCCUCGUGCAACAAUAAAGUAUGACUUUGAAGCCAAAACAAAUUACUCUUUCUGGGUUGUGGCAUUCAAUAACAAAUUGGAAAGUAACAACUCUCUUGUUGUGAAACUAGAACUUAGUGGCAUUCAAGCUAUAAGUGUAGUCGAUGAUUUUAAGGUCGCCUCUCAAUCAGGAGAUUCUGUGACCCUUGUAUGGAAAGCUUCGUCAGCUUCUGAUGGACCUGUUGAAUAUGAAAUUAUGGUCCAAGCACCUCUGCACUAUCCUGCAUUUCAACCAUACAGGACAGUUAAUACUACUAUCACAAUACCCAACUUGUCUCCUGGCUUAGUAGUUCUGUUUCGUAUAAGAGCUUGGCAUAAGAACUUCCCUGGACCAUUGAAAACUGUCUCCUCAAAGAUAAAUGGAAAGCCUCUCCCCAAAGUGACUGGUUUACGAGCUGUGGUACUUGGAGAUAGUCAAUCAUCAGUCGAACUAAAAUGGGAUGCUGUCAAUGACUCACGAAGCGAGAAUUGGAAGUAUGGAAUAUAUUAUGGGCUUACAAUGAAUGAACUCUUGGAGAAACCAAGACUUAUUAGUGAUAAAACCAAAGCAGUUGUAAAGGAUUUGUUACCAUGUGAAUCCUAUUUAUUUGCUAUUGGGCUUGUUGGUCCCCUUGGUUAUGGUCCUCUAACUACAUUGCCUCCCUCUCGUCCAAUUGUCACUGUUUACUAUCACCAAGCACCCCCCAGGCAUUUAGGUGCACACUCAGAAAAGAAUCCUGGUUCAAAUGACACAUUUAUGAUUGUACAUUGGAAUGCAUCAUGUCCAAGCUUCAAUAACAACGCCACUCGAUAUGUUGUGACUAUUACCGAAACAAGUCUAAACCAUACCUCAGCCAUCACAACAUUACCGACCAAUGAUAGUUAUAUUGAGACUCAUUUCAGGGUUCACUCUGGUGGCCACUACAACAUAACAGUUCAGACAGAUGCUGAAAAUGCUGUAAUUGCUGGUCCUAUUUCGUAUGAUGCACCCCCCAUUCCAUCGCCACAUCAGUUCCAAGUUGAGCCAAAGGAAAAUGGAAGUUACAUUUUGUUUUGGAAGGAUCAACCUUUGGAAAAAACAGUUCAUCCAGAUGUAUAUCAGUAUGAGAUUUUAGUCUCUGAGGGAAAGACAUUGAAUGAGUCUAUAGCCAAGAGAUUCCUUGCUCCAGCUCCACCAUUCACUUUGUAUGAUGUAUCCGAGGGAAUAGUUUAUUCAUUUGCUGUUAGGGCAGUUACUUUGAAUGGGUACAAAUCAAGUCUUUCAGAAAUCCGAUCUAUUGAAGUUCCCUUAGGGUCUUGGACUGCUGCAGUACGAAGUGGCGUUCUGCUGUGGACUGUUCUUCCUGGAUUGAUACUCGUUGUUGGGCUUGUUAUGGCCCUAACAUUCUUCAUGUGGCGCCACAGGCGGCUUCAACACAGCUUUGCCUCUUUUGCUAACAGUCAUUAUGAUACACGAUCAGGGGCAGCUACUUUUGGUGGUGCGGAUGGACUUGGGGGGGAUUUUAUUGAGGAGGAAGAUUCUCCAGUGAUUCGUGGCUUCUCAGAUGAUGAGCCUUUGGUGAUUGCUUGAGGAAGAAAUGAUAGUCAAGUGACUGUGAUACAUUCUAAGAUUAUGUCUACGAUUUAGAAGUGUUCUAGUUAUCUAUUAUAAUGUCCAAGUCGUUUUGCUCCUAAGAGUUCAUUAGUGCUACAAGGUACUAGUAGGCAUUGUUGCUAGUAGAUGGUGAUUUUCUAGAGAUAUCUUGUAGUCUGUGGUUUUUUGCCAAGUCUCUUGUAAAUUGGUGAGCAGAUGUAAUUCAAAUCAAAACAAAACAAUGAGUUCUUUUGUUCUAAUCUGUACAUUUGUUUGUUACCAGAACAAUAUUUUUAUUUUUUAUUUAGACUUUACACAUCGUGCAAUCACAUUUUUAUUUUAAAAUUUCUACCUUUUGAAUGUUUGUUUUAAAUGAUAUUCUCCUUUUUUUUUUUUUUUUGAUUGGUUGGGUUGUUCAGUGGUAUGAGCUUUAACAUUCCAGAGAUGUAUAAUACAUACAUACUUCACCUCAGAUCAAGCUUAUGCUUGUUGUUUCUUCUAAAACAUUGAACAGUUUGUCCUCCUCAAUUGUAUCCCCCCCCCCUUUUUUUCCCUCCCACAUCUUUUCUUUCUCUGUUGAAUCAAGUUUGUAUGUAGUGCAAUGUCUUAAUAGCUUUGUAAGAGUUUGACCUGAAGGGAGAACUUUUGUGCACACAACCUUUUUUGCCUUUGGUGCUUUGAAAAGUCUGUAACUAGUUCUAAAUAAGAUCUCAAAUUCAGAAGGGAGAUUAGAAAAAACUUUGUAGUGCCUUGAGAGUUUGUUCUAACCAACCAAAGGUAAUGUAAACCUGUGCAACUUAAGUUGUUUCCUAACAGGCAUUGUAGUUUUAAUUGGACUCGUGUUGGGUUGUGUUUGUCUAGCUUUCCUGUAUUUGAUAAUUUUGUAUAGAAAUUGAGUCCAGUGACUGUGCUAGUUUUGUUAAGUUUAACCUGAAAAUAUUUUAUUGUAUUAAGUUGUAUUAUGAUGGAAAAUCAUGCUAGGUUUCCCAAAGGCAAUACAUAUGUGUUAAACACCGUUUGGUGACAUGCAGCGGUUUCAUCACUUCAAACAUGUCAUAAAUAUCAUGACUCCUGCGUCUAUGUUGAAGGAUCAAUGUCUUAACUAUUGACUAGAUUUGUGCAGCUUUACCUAUCUGGUUGUGCCAUUUUGAUAAAAUGAGUUUUUACUUGUUUUAUUUGGAAAUAUCUUGUCUGUCCCUGUAUUAGUAUUGUGUAUUUGUUCCAAUGGCUACAACCUCUCCUCAGCAGCCAGCGAGCUGCAACGGUAGUUUCACAUUGUUGCUAUUGUCCCAUUUCUGAAAUACCUAGUAUCAUUUAUUUUUGAAAGUAUUGACCUCCAACCUGGCAGCGUUUUUGCGGUGCCUAACUUGCAUCUUGUAUUUUUCAGUAAGUACUGUUUCUUUACAGAUGAAAAGAACAUGUUAUUGUGAUUUGACAUGAGAGUAUAUUAAAGAUUAUAUGUAUAUUGGACUGAUAA